CACCGCCCCUUCCCGUGGCGGGAGGCGGGCCGCCCCCGCCGCCAUCUUAGGCGCGUCCGCCCGCCUCUUGCGCUGCGUGAGCGGCCGUGGCCGGCUGCCAGUUGGUCCCGUCCUCGUCGCCGUGUGGAGCUGAGGAGCGAAAGGGAGAAGAUAGUGUCGCUUUGGCGUACGUUCAGAGGGGACAAUGUCCAGCGUGCCGGUGGCUGUGGUGACCGGGUCCAACAAAGGCAUCGGCUUCGCCAUUGUGCGGGCUCUGUGCAAGCAGUUCCCGGGGGACGUGUACCUGACAGCCCGGGACCCCAGCCGUGGCCAGGAAGCAGUGGCAAAGCUCCAGGAGGAAGGGCUGCAUGCACUCUUCCACCAGCUGGAUAUCGACGAUCUGCAGAGCAUCAGAGCUCUCCGUGACUUCCUAAAAGAGAAAUAUGGAGGGCUGAAUGUGCUGGUUAACAAUGCAGGGAUCGCUUUCAAAGUUCAUGACUCAACUCCGUUUGCAGUCCAAGCUGAGGUUACACUGAAGACAAACUUUUUUGGAACCAGGAAUGUUUGCACAGAAUUGUUGCCUCUUAUGAAGCCUUAUGGUAGAGUGGUGAAUGUCUCUAGUAUGGUAAGUAGCUCAGCUCUGAGAGGCUGCAGCCAGGAACUACAGCAGAAGUUUCGCAGCGACACGAUCACUGAGGAGGAGUUAGUGGAACUCAUGAACAAAUUUGUGGAAGAUACCAAGAAAAGUGUGCAUGAGAAAGAGGGCUGGCCAAAUACUGCCUACGGGGUAUCCAAAAUUGGUGUCACAGUCUUGUCCAGGAUUCAGGCCCGGAUGUUAAAUGAGAAAAGAAAAGGUGACCACAUCCUUCUCAAUGCCUGCUGUCCUGGGUGGGUGAGAACAGACAUGGCAGGUCCUCAAGCCACUAAAUCCCCAGAUGAAGGGGCUGAGACCCCCGUUUAUUUGGCCCUUUUGCCUUCUGAUGCUGAUGGUCCUCAUGGUGAGUUUCUCAGUAACAAAACAGUUCGAACCUGGUGAGCGUACAUCUGUGGACCCGUGCAAGCAGUAAUAUGACUGUGGAUUAGUCUGUGCUUUGGUAGGGCAUUUAGCCAGAGCAGUCUCAUCCUGUCCGCAGCAGCAGCAGGGUCCUUUACCAUUAUAAUGAGGUUACAACUAUAUGGUACUCCUCUGGGAUUAAGUUUACAGAGGGGUACACUUCCCAGCAGUCUCUAUGUCCCUGCUCACAGCACUGACUGCAUAGCCCAAAAUCUGAUUUGUGGGUAUUCCAGCCCAGAUGAUACAGGCUAAUUUGGUGUUGCCCUAAGGUAGAAGUGCCUGACCUUGUUUACCUGAGUUUACUUUAAAUCAUUGCCAGCCCUUCUCCCACUGCCCCCAGUACAGAUCUCAGAUGUGAGUUGGGAUGAGGCAGCAGAUGCCUUACUCUUUCUUGGCACAAUAGAUCUUUCUAGGGACCGUACUUGCUUCUUGGGGUGGUGCAGGUUUUCUUAGAGGGGGAGUGGGUUGUUCUGAGAUCUACAGUUUGGGGGGAGGCUAAUAAGACCAGGACAGAACCACUGCUGUAUAGAGAUUCUUUAUUAUCAGUACAAAUUGGAAUUAGGUGAAAACAAAAAUAGCAGUGCUAUGCCAUUAAUAGAACUUAAUCUGAUUCAUUUGUUAAUAUGUGUAUCAAUAAAUGAUUAGUUGCUGAUUUGUAUUCAUCCAAGUGGCUUAUUCUGAUACUAAAAAUGUAUAAUGUUUGAAAAUACACUUUCACUUUCUGCAGCUAAUUUUGUAGCUGGAAUGUGUGAUGUUUGGACUAUAUAAAGAGAAAAUAAACUACAAAACUGAUGUAGCAAAA